GAACUGGUGCUCUUGCUAAGCAGAAGAGACGAUACACCAGUGCCGCCAGUAUAAUGUCCAAUAAAGUCCUCAUGUCAGUUUAUAAUAGGAUGGUAGAAGUGAUGGACACGUUAGCACAACUAUUAGGGACCCAGGCACUAACUGACAUGACUGUACUAAAGUUGUCAGGUUUGGGUAUAUUCCCAUUCUUUGUUGAAAACAUCAGCUCAUUGCAGCUCAGUGCUCUCAAACUUGUUAGAACUAUAUUUUCCCGUUAUGAGAAGCACAGGGACCUUAUAAUUGAGGACAUAUUUGCCUCGUUAGGGAGACUACCUACCACGAAGAGAAACCUAAGAAACUUUCG